CAGGGGCUGCUGCAGCGUGUCGCGCAGGACCUCAGCAGUGAGACGAAGACACGGGAUUUGACGCCCGUGUACAUGUCCAGGACGAUAGCGUGGGUGUACCGAAGGUGCAACUCGUGGGACCUGGUUGCCCCCGCGCUCCUGCCGCUGAUCCGAGCCUCCGCGGCCGAGUUCAGGUGUGGGGAGUUCGCGCGGCUGGCCCAGGCGCUGCCCGAGGAGAGGGGCAUGCUGGAGCAGGUGGCCUCGUUGCUCCGGGCUGGCGUGGACGAGAUGGGGCGGAAGGACUUCCUCCUCUUCCUGGUCGGCUGCGUGCACGGCGAGCUAAUGGAGGAGACGCGCAGGCCCAGCGAGGAGCCCGACUCGCUGGCCUUCGCCUGCCUGAAGGACCUACCUCCGGGACGAGCAGGACAACUUCAAGCGCGAGGAGGUGCAGAAAAUCACCUACCUGCUGAACCACGCGAAGAAGUAUCAGCACCUGCUGGACGAGCUUCCUGUUUCGUGGAACGCCACGAAGGAGGAGACGCUCGACUACAUCCGAGCGAAAGGGUAGCCCCUCACGGCUUUUCUGCUUUGUGCCGCGGUGGUCCCGCCUCUCCGAUGGCCGCGGCUGGUGAGCAGGUGCCCUCUCAAUCCAAUCCAUUGCUUGUCUCUGUGCAACCCCACGGGGCGUGGCGCUUCUGACCCUGUCCUCGGUCCGUUUCCCUCCUCCGAGCCCCGUCCCCUGAAGAGCGGCAGGGCGGCCCGGGGGCGCCUGGCUGGACGUUGCGGCGGCGCCACGGGCACUCCCUGAAACGGCGCCCGCGGUAUCCUGCUCGUCGUCAUCCCAGACUCCAGCCGCG